AUGGAAACCUCCGGGGAGAAAGCCAGACGACCGGAAAUAGCGCGUGUGUUCCAAACAUGCAAAGGGUGGAGUUUUGAGUGGUCCUGGGCGAGCAGGGGAGAAGCCUGCAACCAGGACAACUGUGUUACCCGGCUUGGAAGUACGAAGCUACCCUCGGCUGUUGAACCAGUGGCACAGAAAGCGUAUGUACAGGAAAUAGGAAAACGAUGGCUGGUUGACCAGAGCAAGGAGGAGGACAAGAAGGGAGGAACCGAAAAACACUGUUCUAUUGAAAGGUUGUAUAUUAUAUCCUGCAUGUUAAAUUCUUUGAUGCGGAUAUCCUUGGUCUGGCCGUGCCUUGGACGCUUGUUACAUCCACACUCCAUACGGAAGAACAACCAAGAACGGGAUUCGACAGCCGAACUAUACUUGUGUACACUGUAUAUACUGUGUAUAUCAUGA